GCGCAUGCGCAGUGUGUCGACGUGGUCGCUGUGCGUCGGUGGCUGCAGCAGCUGGAUCUGUCUGGAUGGAGAGGAUAUAGCGUGUUUUUUCAGACACUUGAGCCGCCCUGGAGUUAUGUGGGGUGACUAAAGUUGACUGAAGGUCUACCCUUGGCUGUUGAGAAACAUACGAGCUAGUUUUACACCAAACCACGUCGCCUUGGCGGUCUCAAUGGGAGUUAAGUCGUAUAUAUAUAAAUACAAAGUCAGGCCAACCAACACAUAGCGACACAGCUAACCGUAUCCCCCGAAGUUACCCACGUACUCCCACGCCAUUAAUGCCUACGACAGGCCGGUUAGCGAGAUGGAAUCCGACCUCAGCAGCCCUGCUGGUCCGCCAGUGUGCCUAGCCCCGGGCGGACUCGCUGACACACUGUGUCCCAGCGUCGAGUGUGUCAGCCGGACCCCCGCUGCGUCGCCGGACCCCCUGGACUCUUUUAGCCUGAUUGAGCCCCCCCCUCUGGACUGGAGGUCCGACAGCUCCAGCGACGCCGGCGCCGUGGAGGACCUCGACGAGGCCACCUUCCCCUCGUCUCUGGGGGCGCAGGGCGUUGAGACAGAGGUGGGGGCGGUGGGGUCGGAGUUGGGCCCGCUGGUUCAAUUGGCUCCAGCGUCCGCUUUGAGGGAGCCGACCGCUGCUAAACCGCCCGUGGGUGCGUGGAAGGAAGGGAUGGUGGAGGCGCUGGGCGUGUGGGGGGGUGAGGGGGGCGAGCAGGGGGUUAAAGUGGAGGUGGGGCAGCUGGUUCAAUUGGCCACACCGUCAGAUCUGGGUGAGCCAACCGCGGCCACACCGCCGCCGGGCGCGCAGCAGGUGGAGAAGAAGACGGAGGAGCUGGGUGAGGUCAUUGAGGAGGAAGGCCUUAAGGAGGUAGGGGAUAAGGAAGAGGAUGGGGCCCCGGAUGUGGCCCGCCCGGUAGCGGACAGGACCCCGAGCGAUGAGGACCACACCCACAUCCACGCCCUCCUCAAUCGGCUCCAGCGAAUGGGCGAGGAGGAGCCCACCACCUCCACCUCUGACCUGGACCCCUACGCCCACCCCCAGCCCCCCGCUGAUACAAGGCCUCAGGGGCCUCCGGGAGCCGCCGUGGGGCCCCCCACCACGGAGACCACGGGGCUCCUGUUCUCCGAGAGCCAUCAGAGGGACCUGCUGGGUCUGCUGGAGUGUACCGAGAUCGCAGCCACACCUCCCCCCCCCCCCGAGCACCAACACCACCACCACCACCACUGCAGCAGCAGCGAUUCGUCCCCCAGGGGGGACGUGGACGCGGUGGUGUCGGUGUCCUACAGCCAGGACGAGGCCCAGGAGUUCUGGCGCCACUACAGGAACGACUGGCGCCUUCCGCGCAAGGAGAGCUCCUACGCGUCCUCGCUGCCCGACGACCAGCCCUCGGAGCCGGUGUGGAGGAGGAGGGAGCCGGAGGUGGAGGAGGAGGAGGAGGGGGGAGAUGAGGAGAGUGAGGAUUACCGCCCUGCUUAUAAAGAUGUGCCCGGCCCAUGUGACCCUGAGGACCUGAUUGACGGGAUCAUCUUCGGGGCCAAGUACCUCGGCUCCACCCAGAUCCGCUCGGACAAGAACCUGUCCACCAACGCCCGCAUGACCCAGGCCCAGGAGGCAGUGGACCGCAUCAAGGCCCCCGAGGGAGAGUCUCAGCCAAUGGUAGAGGUGGAUCUCUUCAUCUCCACCCAGAGGAUCAAAGUGCUCAACGCUGACACACAGGAGGCCAUGAUGGACCACUCGCUCCAGAUGAUCUCCUACAUCGCAGACAUCAACAACAUCGUGGUGCUCAUGGCUCGCAGGAAGCCCCCCAGUCCUAAGGCCUCCGCCGCCGACGGGACGCCGUCCUCCCCUUCCUCCUCCUCCUCCUCGUCCUCCUCCUCUUCCUCCGGGCCCGUGAAGAAAUGCUCGAUGGUCUGCCACGUCUUCUCCUCUGAGGACGCCAAGACCAUCGCCCAGGCCAUCGGGCAGGCCUUCGGCGUGGCCUACCAGCAGUUCCUCCAGGCCAACGGCAUCGAGGCCAGCCAGAUGAAGCCCGGGGACUACAGCGACUUCCUGGGAGCCCAGGAACUCUACAACGGAGACCUGGCCCACUUCUCUGACUCCCAGAACAUCAGAGACGUGCUGAUCUCCAAGGGCCCGGGGGAGAUCCUGGGCCUGGCCAUGGUGGAGUCUGGCUGGGGCUCCAUCCUGCCCACGGUGGUGGUGGCCAACCUGCUGCACGGGGGCCCCGCCGAGCGCAGCGGGGCCCUGAGCAUCGGGGACCGCAUCAUGUCAGUCAACGGCACCAGCCUGGUGGGCCUGCCCAUCGCCUCCUGCCAGAACGUCAUCCGGGACUUAAAAAACCAAACCAUCGUGAAGCUGAGCAUCGUCCACUGUCCCCCGGUCACCAUGGCGAUCAUCAAGAGGCCGGACCCCAAGUACCAGCUGGGCUUCAGCGUAGAGGACGGGAUCAUCUGCAGCCUGAUGCGGGGCGGCAUCGCGGAGCGGGGGGGGAUCCGCGUGGGCCACCGCAUCAUCGACAUCAACGGCCAGAGCGUGGUGGCCACGCCCCACGAGAAGAUCAUCAGCAUCCUGACCAACGCCGUCGGAGAGAUUCACCUGAAGACCAUGCCAGCCUCGACGUACCGUCUGUUAACCGGACAGGAACAACCUCUGUUCCUCUGAGAACCAAUCGGAGAACAGCCUUGGAUUCUGUAAGAACCAAUCACAAAGCUCUUCCUGGUCGGACUGGUGAAAGGCCUGGUACAACAUUGGAUUUACGUUAGUUUUCGCCAACCUCAGCCCAAUUAUGCAUUUCUUUGUUGUAUCAUAUCAAGGUUAUCGUCAUUUCGAUGAACGUGAACGACUCGUCGAGCUAUAUAUAUUUUUUAGCGUUGUACAGAAAGUUGGAAUAUUGUGAUAACAGAUUUAAAAAAAACGGGCCUCAAGAUAGUACUUAAUCUAUAUUUAUCAAGAUAUUUAAUAGAGAAAAACGGGAAGUACAUGCUAUGCAGAAUAAUCCAGGAUUAUUUUUACACUGCACUAAACAGCGGUAUAUUGGACGAGGAUUUUAACGGAUGAGGGAGUGGAAGGGUCUUCCGGUGUGCGCUUGUUACCAAUGUGCCUGAGCCGGGCGAACGGGCGUGUUUGCGACGCUAGAGGGCGCAUGUUUCAUAAUCAUGAUCUUCCUAUAGUCUCGCCUUGGUCUGCAGUGGAAGCUGUUGCCUGUUCAGCCCGGUGUCUUAAAUACUGGCAUUGCUUGGUUUUCCAUCAUGUUUUUCAUUAUGACUUCUAGAUUUCUACAUUUCUACAUUGUGCAUGUCUUUUGUUUCCUGUUUUUACAACUUGUGUGCAGAAUUGACGGCAUCCGAUGCCUUAUUUGAUAGAGGGAAAGUUAUAUUUUAAGAAUUACUAUUUUGGAUGGUUAUUAAAAUGAUCAUUAAGCUUUUC